UGUUGUUUCUGUCCGGACGUAUUUUUGUAGCGACACAGUCCUCCACCAUGGACGCGGUAUCGCUGCGUGUUUUGGAGUAUUUGACUGAAGUAGAAGAGGCAGCUGAGGAUGUUCUCACUACCAAACAACAGAUAGUGGACCUGGACACGAAGAGAAACAGGAACAGAGAGGCGUUGAAUGCACUGAAAAAUGAAAUGUCAAAGAACGAGAAAGUGAAGGUUUGCUUGGGAAACAUUUUCAUCAAAUUCCCCAAUCUGAAGACGAGAGAGAUGAUACAGAAAGACCAAGAUCAGCUGGACAAGGAGAUCAACGACCUUCGCAAAGCGCUGAAAGCAAAAGUCAAUCAUCUCAGUGAGAUCCAAGGAAAACCUGAGCUGCGAGGCUACAACCUUUCCCCUCUGUCUUCAGACGAACUUAAAGCUAUAAACGGCCUCUUAAAGAGAUGACAUGUGAAUCUGUCGGCGGACAGAGGAACGAAGAGAGAGACGUGAACAGAAUAACUCAGCUGCAGCUUUCUGAUGGAUCUGUGACAUGGAAACCUCUGGACGAUCUGAAGACACCAAAUCAGCCUCUUGGAUGAUCGAUCGUACAGAUUUGAUUGACAUCUAUAUAACCUUCCUACACACUCUGCUCUUGGACAUUUAAGACCUGUGACAUGAUGGGAAGUGUGUUCAAGAUAAAAAAUAAAAAUUAUAUUGACUGACUGAAAAGUAAAGAAGUUCUAAACAAGCUUAAACUUACCCCUUCAUUGGCUUGUUGUUGUUUUUUUCUGAAAAGUGUUAAAAUCUGCCGUGUCUGCAGUGAUGUAAUCUUUAGCUUCUGUGCCUGCACUCUGAUUGGUUUCUCAUUAAAGCGACCUUGUUGACCAGCA